AUGGCCCGUACCAAGCAAACUGCUCGUAAAUCUACUGGAGGUAAAGCUCCGCGUAAACAGCUGGCUACCAAAGCAGCACGUAAAUCAGCUCCUUCCACUGGAGGCGUUAAGAAGCCUCAUCGUUACCGUCCAGGUACUGUUGCGCUUCGUGAAAUUCGUCGCUAUCAGAAAUCCACCGAGCUUCUGAUCCGAAAACUUCCAUUUCAACGUUUAGUGCGUGAAAUCGCACAAGAUUUCAAAACCGAUCUACGUUUCCAGUCGGCUGCUAUUGGCGCCCUACAGGAAGCCAGUGAAGCCUAUUUGGUUGGUCUUUUCGAAGACACCAAUCUGUGCGCAAUUCAUGCCAAGCGUGUUACCAUCAUGCCAAAGGACAUUCAGCUGGCUCGUCGUAUUCGUGGUGAACGCGCCUAA